GUUUGUUGCAUUCGCCGGAUAUAUGGCCACUGGUUUAGCUUGGACUACUCAGCUCUACUCUACACUGGAUGUCGACUAUGAGCUAUGAAGUCUUGAGCGGGCAUGAGCUGCACGAAGAAGGCUCGCACGUAGCGUCAGCCAUCGAUGACAACGAGUUGGACGACGAUGUCAUCUCAGAUGAUCGCAGCGCCCUCGAUAAAACCAUAGACAGGAUUGGCAUGGGAUGGUACCAAUGGUCGUUGCUGGCUCUGUGUGGAUUCGGAUGGAUGGCGGACAAUGUGACUAUUCAAAUCUACAAACUCCGCGGGCGUUUAUUGACCGGAUUGACCAAGAUGUGGCUUCAAGGGGUAGCGGUCGUCCUACCGCGUGUCCAGGAUCACUUUCACGUCCCCGAUAGUCGCAUUGGUAUAUUGUCCUCCUCCAUCUUCUUCGGCAUGAUGAUAGGAGCAGUGGGUUGGGGAACUUGUGCGGAUCUAAUGGGUCGACGGGUCGCGUUCCAGUUCACCCUGCUCUUUGCCGCUGUCUUCGGACUCUUGUGCCCUCUAAUGCCUAACUUUGGUAGUUCAUGCCUAUGCUUCUUCUUCCUAGGCUCUGCCGUUGGGGGCAGCAUGCCAACCGAUGGCACCCUCUUUAUCGAGAAUGUCCCACAUGCGAAGCGAUAUCUCCUUACCGCCCUAUCCAUCUUCUUCAGCUUUGGAGCCGUCGUAAGCUCGAUAUUGGGUGUUGUUCUUAUACCGAAGUACAGUUGCCCAGAGAACCAAUCCGAAGCAUGCGAUGUGGGCACGGAAAAUCUCGGCUGGAAGUAUAUGCUUGCUAUUCUAGGCCUUUUCACGUCAUGCAUGUGUUUGGCUCGAAUUGUUCUUUUCCGCAUGCGUGAAAGUCCGCGCUAUCUUGUCGCCUCCGGCAGACACAUAGAAGCCGUCCAUUCAUUGCGAAAGAUUAUCUCCUUCAACGGACACGACUAUUCGCUUACGAUCGACGAUAUCAUGGAUGCCCCGCAGGACGUUGAGCAUCAGGAAGAUGUCCGUUACAGAAGCAAUGGAAUUACGCGCCCACCCACGGCCGAGAAUUCGGAGAUGGAAUAUCAUUCGACGAGCCUCACGCCUGAUGUUCAUCUAACAUAUACUCACACGUUCGCAACGCCAGUGGAAGAACAGCACCCUCAUUUUCCGCGUGCUCCCACCCCCUCACCCCUACUCCAUGUGCAUCACAAGGUGAAGGAUCCUAGAAUCGGAAGUAUACCCAUUAUCGGACGCCCACUGGCUGGCUGGUUGGAGCGAAUGGAAAUGCUUUUUACGCCGGAGUGGAAGAAGACCACUAUCUGCGUUUGGGGUGCAUGGGCAUUGAUUGCUCUAUCCUAUACUCUGUUUAACGUGUUUCUUCCCAAGCUUUUGGAAAGCCGGGCGAUCAAAAAUGGUGGCGGGGGACGAGCGCAAGCCCUGAACGAGUAUCUAUUCUACGCAUUGGCAGGUGUCCCUGGACCUCUCUUGGGUGCUUGGAUGAUCGAGACGAAACUGGGAAGAAAAGGAAGUCUCCUCCUCAGCACGGUGUUUACUGGUGUUUGCACUGUUGCUUUCGUUCCGGUCCAAAGCGAAACAACAGUGAUCGCAGUCACAAUGGCCAUCUCCUUGGGCGCCACAACAAUGUGGGCUGUGCUUUACGGGAUGACCCCGGAAAUCUUUUCUACCGAAGUCCGAGGGUCAGCGACAGGAAUGGCAUCGGCUCUGUCCCGAAUUGCAGGAAUGGCUGCUCCACUGCUGGGUGGAUGGUUCCUGGCGAUCAGCCCUGGUUUGCCUAUAUAUGCAUCCAGCAUAAUAUGCUUCGCUGCCGGCGCCUGUGCGCUUCCGUUGCCUCGGGACACAGAUUAUCCCUCUGUCAGGGGGAUCCCCUUGACUUCUCAUUAGGCCUUGUAUUUGCUAGCGCUGGUCUUGUAUCCUGUAGUCCACUGUAAUAUCCAGUGGUCAGUAUGUAUUGCAAUGUCGUGUAAUACUGGCGUCACUGGGGGGAAUAACUAGCCAGCAC